ACAUCUCACCAACAUUGGAAGCAGAAAGCCAGASACAUCGGCAGGGAAACGMAACGAUGACUACGUCUCCAGCUGAACUACAGGAGCGCUACAAUGAGGAGGGCUUCCUGUCACCGGUGCCCGUGCUGGACGAGACAGAGCUGAGGGAGGCCAGGGAGGCCUUCGCUAAGCUGGAGGAGGAAUUUGGUACAGCAUACACACAGUACAGCCUCCACAAUGUUCAUCUUCAGUACCCCUGGGUGAUGAGCCUGACCAAACAUCCCCACAUCCUGCAAGUGAUCCAAGCCAUCCUGGGACCUGACGUCAUUCUGCUGGACUCUCGAUUUAUCUGUAAAUACCCGACAGUCAAACUCCAGGAGAGCAAAACAGAUCAAAGCAAACCUGAUGGAGACGAUGAGCUCCCUUAUGUGGCCUGGCACCAGGACAUGAGGUACUGGGGUAUUGCCGGUGGACCUGUUCUGUCUGUGUGGCUUGCUCUUGAUGAUUCACAAAAAGAAAACGGAGUCCUUCAGGUCAUCCCAGGAAGUCACUGCUCUGGCAUGCUGCCCCAUCGCCAAGCAACCCGCCCUGGAAACCUACUGUCAGUCAACCAGGAGAUCCCAGAGGAGCUGGUGCAGGUGGACGAAGCUGUGCUCUGUCCUCUGAAAGCYGGACAGAUGUCGAUUCAUGAUGGACUUCUUGUCCAUGCAAGUGAUGCCAACACUUCCCAAAAGAGGCGCUGUGGAUUUGUGAUCCGUUAUGUUCCCACCUAUGCCUACCCCACUGAGGAUCCUGAUCGUCCCAGGAAGUUUCAUGCAACAGAGUUGGUCUGUGGGGUGGAUCAGUUCCACCAUUUCUCCAACAAAAGCACAUGAAGGAUUAGUGAAGMCUUCACAACAACUGCUUUAACAUCUCGCUUGAUAAAUCAAAUGUCUAUUUAGUGUUUAUAUGGAAUUAUGUAUAUGAACUAUAAUACAUMMUCUGACUCUAAAUUAAACCAUUGUCUGGUUAACUUUUUCUUUUAAGCUGCUAAUGCCUGUUUAAAUAUUAUUAAAAGA